CCGGCCUCCGACUGACACUUCGGGGGCGGGCCUGAGCCGGUUGAAAACGGGAGGCUGGAGCCGGCUGGCCCGGCGGGAGAGAAGCGGCGGCGCUGCUGUUGCUGUUGGCAGCUUUGGGCCUGCUGUGCGUCGCUUUGGCUGCCUCGGCUCGGGCUGGCAAGCCAAUGAGGGCCCGGACUCCGGCCCUCGCUGCCUCAGGAGCUGCCGGGAGCCCCCCGUGCCGACCGCCGGCCCGAAUAAGGGCGGGUUGACUGACCCCCCCCAUGCGGCGGCUCCAGGAGAAGUUCAGGAGAUUCAUGAAUCAUCCAGCUCCAGCAAACAGUCGUUAUAAACCUACUUGCUAUGAGCAUGCUGCUAACUGUUACACUCAUGCGUUUCUUAUUUUCCCAGCCAUUGUUGGUAGUGCCCUCCUUCAUCGACUCUCUGAGGAUCAAUGGGAAAAGAUAACAGCAUGGAUAUAUGGAGUUGGUCUGUGUGCACUUUUCAUCGUUUCAACAGUGUUUCAUAUCAUUUCUUGGAAGAAGAGUCAUCUAAGGACAAUGGAGCACUGUUUCCAUAUGUGUGACCGAAUGAUGAUCUAUAUCUUCAUUGCAGCAUCUUAUGCACCUUGGUUAAAUCUUCGUGAACUUGGGCCUCUGGCAUCUCAUAUGCGUUGGUUUAUCUGGCUAAUGGCUGCUGGAGGAGCUUGUUAUGUAUUUCUCUACCAUGAAAAGUAUAAAAUUGUGGAGCUCUUCUUCUAUUUAGCAAUGGGAUUUUCUCCUGCUCUAGUUGUAACUUCCAUGAACAACACGGAUGGACUUCAAGAACUUGCCUGGGGAGGCAUAAUUUAUUGUAUGGGAGUGAUCUUCUUCAAGAGUGAUGGAAUAAUUCCAUUUGCCCAUGCCAUCUGGCAUCUGUUUGUUGCCACAGCAGCUGCCGUUCAUUAUUACGCUAUUUGGAAGUAUCUUUACAGAAGUCCUGCAGAUAUCAUCCUUCAGCUAUGAUAUGAAACACAAAGAGACAUUUGCAACAACAAUAUGCCUUUGACUCAGUAUUACUUGGGGAAAAGAAAUUCUUGGGAAACGUGGGGAGGGGGAAUUGUAGAGGGAAAAAUGCACUGACUUCGAUCGUUUUCACCUUUACUGUGAACUUAAGUGACAAAAGUCUUUCGUAGAAUUACAGUUUGCAUAGCAAGUGCUGGAGCACCUCAUUCUGUAAGCACUGUCCUAGGAGAGCCUCAGUUGAAAUAAAUAGGACUUGGGCAAGAACAUGGCACUCCUGUUCAUUUCAGGCCAGCUUGCACAGAAGCCUAUUCUUUUCAUGUUGCAUCCACCAUGAAGAUGUGGAGGCUACAUCUAACCGGUGAACUUACAGGUGGGGCAUUUAAGUCCAUUUAAGCCCAGGUUGGGAUUGUGGUUCAAACCAACAUGCUGCAUUAUGAAAUAUCCAUUCCACAUUAACAAGCUACAACGAUGUGAAAAAAUGGGUGGUGGUAUGUUUACAAAUUCUUUUUUAAUGUCUGUCGUAAGUUUAACUUCUGCAUCUUUAAACGAUGUAAACUUACGAAUUGUAGAAGUUUUAUGUGAUAGCAAAACCACAUUUUUAAAAUUGCCUCGAUCACUUUUCACAAAUAAUUUCAUAAAAUACAAAUCAUGGACCGAUAGGGUUUAGCUCUUCCCUCCCAAACCUGAUAAACCAAUGUGACUUUUAUAAAAUGUUUUUUUAAAAUAAAUUAAAGAAAUGGCUUUUUUUUUUCUUUUCUUUUUUUGGGGGGCAAAAACCAAAAACAAACCUGCUACAUUCAAUGUAUUGGUACAUAAUAUCUAUCAGGUUUUUCAUUUAAAAGAAAAUGUGAUUGAUAAUAAUUUCUAAAACUGGCUUUGCCAAACUAAAAACCUGAAAAGCUUCCGCCCACUGUGGUAAACUGAAUUGCCUGUGUGGAAUGUAUUUCAGAAUACAACUAAUGCUACCUAAUACAGUGCCAUUUCUAGAAGAAUUUGUAGGUACCUGUGUGAAAGCAUUCUGAACAUUUUAGUUAGAAAUUGUGACCAGCAGUUAACAGCUGUAACAUUUGAAUGACUAAAGCAUCAGUAAUUUUGUAGAUUCGUAAGAUAUUUGGUGCUCAAGAAGAGGUUCUAGUGCAACUUUAUGCCUAUUUACUCAGAAGUAAAUCUCGUGGUAUUAAUGAGGUUUACUCCCUAGUGAUAUUAGGACUGCGUCCUUACAGUAUUCAAGAUUACUAGUUGAGCCAAUUACUCCCAUUGGGUGUAACCUCACUAGGAUACUUUUGCCAUUUCUGAAAACUAAAGAAUUGCUGAUAAAUUUUUGAAUAUUAAUAGUGAGUGGUUCACUAUAACACCCAAAUGGCCUUUAUUGAAGGGAAACUUAAAAGACUUGUGAUGUCUCCUCCAUUUGGGAUUUAAAAUCACAAAACUGCAAGCGUAUGUGGUUCUUACCAUAGUAAUUGGGAUAAUAACGGUAGCAGUUUGGUUGUCUGGUGUGCUUAUUAAAUGACAAGAUGUUUGAAUCUUCGUUGUGAUGGUCAUUGUCAAGUUACUGUAUACGUCCCACUGUAUUAUGAAUGUCUUAUAUUAAGAUUGAAUUUAUGCUUUUUGUAACUUGCUCUUUUUCAUGUAAGUGGUUAAAAAAAAAAAAACCUCUAACGAAACAUGUUGCCUUUUUCAGAUUUUACUCUGGAGAUUUUACCUGUGAAACAACAGAAUGAAACUAUAAAAAUGUUGGGGGAGGGUUGCCCCUCAGCACCCAGGAGUAUGUAAACCUCUUCAACAUUUGCCAGUUGGUUGUAAUCUGGCUUCUAGAGUUUGAUGCCUUCGUUUUAGAUUAGAGAGGCUGCUCAGAAAGAAACCUGGUUUCAGUGCAGUAUUAGCUAAUGACUAUAAAAUUGUAACUUAUCAGACUCUCUUCCAAAGCUGUUCAGAGUGUGAAGGGGUCUGUAAAUUUCUGACUAAGCAGUAGUUGUUUCUUUUUCUUAACAUGUCAACAUUUUAUAGACAAUGUUGCAAAAGAACGGAAGAGCCUUACAAGAAAUUUCCAUCUAGCUAUUGGAAUCCAAGAGUUGGAGAACUUAAAUAUAUCAGAGUACAAAACGUUUACUGCGUCCAUUCUGGAAUAUCUGAAUGACACAGUUCUGUUUUUUAUUUUCUUAACUGAUGUAUCUGAUUCUAAAUAUUUUCACUUUACAUGAGUUCUCUUAAGUGUAGUGCUGUUAAAACCACUAAAAUGUGUUUAAAGCUCUGUUUUUGUUAAAACUAGUUCUAAAUAAUACUGCUACCUUUAUGGUAAUUUCUUGUGGUCUUUAUAAUGUUGCAUAUUUUAAGGAUGAAAAGUGUUAAGGUUGAAAACAACUGAACAUGUCCUACCCCUAAUUUAAUCUAGUUCCUGAAGGUUAAAUGUACUGGAUUAAUGCAAAUAAACAUUUUGUGCAAUUUGGAA